UAAUCUGGCUAUUCAACGUAUGCAUUCUCGCACACGGCCCGUGUAGUCCUUCCAGCGCCGAAUUUAUGCCUGCUCAAGGCACCCACGAGUGCAGUGGCUUAUGACCAUCCAUACAACUUCAUAGGGCGAUUUCUGGGCUCCCCAAUCGGAUAAUCUUGUUUCUAUGUCAUCUAUUAUCCCGACCCUCACGGUAGGUAAACUCAUGUAUAUAACACCUGAGCACUUGUGUGAAAUGCUUACACAAAAUGGCCCUCUUGCUAAUUUUGUGGCUUCUCCUCGCUCUCGCGCCCCUCUUGCGAGUCCACUCGCUUAAUUACUAUGGUGCUGACUUCUCUUCCCUGGUCAAUUUGGAGAACUCUGGUAUUUCCUAUUCGGAUGGUGGGAGCAAGAAAGCUUUCGAAGAUAUUCUUGCCGAUCAUGGGGCCAAUAUUGCACGGAUCCGAAUUUGGACUAGUGAAAGCGAUUCUGAGUACAGUCUGGAUUAUGGUCUCUCCUUGGCGCGCAGAGCGGUAGAUGCAGGAAUGGCUUUGCUGAUUGACCUUCACUACAGUGAUACAUGGGCGGAUCCCUCAAAACAGGCCAUUCCUUCUGCGUGGUCCCAAGAUUUAAGUUCUCUGAAUACCGAAAUAUGGCAAUACACAUUGGAUUUGGUCAACGCAUUCACGGAUCAGGGAACCCCCAUUGAUUUCAUUCAGACCGGUAACGAAAUCAAUGGCGGCUUUUUGUGGCCAACAGGACAAGUUUCGAAAAAUGGUUACGAGCCUCUGUCUGAGCUUUUGCACUCUGCAGUUAAUGCUGUCCGUCAAGCAUCACCAUCGACAAAAACAGUCAUUCAUCUCGCGAAUGGAUGGGACCAGGACAGCGUAUUAUACUUCUACGAAUACGUCCUUGACUUCCAGGGUAAUCUGGAGCUCGAUGACAUUGAUGUCAUGGCCUUCUCGAUGUAUCCUUUCUAUGAUUCGGGCGCCACACUAUCUGCCUUGCAGUCUAGUCUUAAACAAGUCGUCUCUACAUACGGCAAGGACGUGAUGAUCGUCGAGACCGACUGGCCAGUCCAAUGCUCUGGAGUUACGUUGACUGAAAGCAUUGCUGUAUCUGUGAAAGGGCAGGAAACCUGGAUGUCCGACCUUGAGAGCAUUAUAGAUGGACUUUCUGGUGGCCACGGAAUAGGUCUUUUUUACUGGGAACCGGGCUGGAUCGGUAACGCAGGCCUUGGCUCUAGCUGUGCGGAUAACCUUCUAGUAGAUAGUUCAGGUAAAACGCGGGAUUCAAUUGAUAUAUUCGCCAGCUAGGCGUAUACUGUAUGUAUAUAACGUUGGUUGUUUCGAGUCGGCCCGGCCGGCAACAACCGAAGUUCCUUUGAGAUUGUUCCUCUUGCGCUCACUGUUUCCUGUACAAUUCUGCCAAAGGCCCAGCUUUCGAUUCUGUUUCAAUCAUCAAAAAUAAGGUUUUGUGGGUGUUGUCAAGGUAUUGAUG